AUGGAAUCAUCAAGACCAAAAGAAUUAGCAACACGUAAACCAGAAUUAUUCAAGGAAGGAGUACAAACAUAUCACGGUAGUUGUCAUUGUGGAGCAGUUAAAUUUGAAGUAGAUUUAGACCUUCAAUACGCAAAGACCAAUAGAUGCAAUUGUUCGUUCUGUGCAAAGGCUAGACAAUGGGGUAUCGUUGUUAAACCAGAACAAUUCAGAUUGGUUGCAGGUGCUGAUAAUCUAUCGGUCUAUCGGUUUGGUUCAAAGUCUGGUGACCAUUGCUCAUGUAAAACUUGUGCCAUCAAGACUCACGGCACCGGAUAUGUAGAGCAAUUGGGAGGAGCCUUUGUAGGAGCCAUCAUUGCAUGUAUUGACGAUCUUUCUGAAGAACAAAAGGAUUCUUUAAUCUAUUCUCAUUCAAAUGGAAAGGAUGAUCUUUGGUGGGAAGAACCAAAAUUCAAAAAUCAUUUAUAA